UAUAUUACAAGUGUCAGAAAGUUUUAGACACUCAUUCCCUAGCCACUUACUUCUCUCCUUCCACAUCCCGCAUAUAGAAGAGGAGAUAGCUCAGAUCUCCAAGUCGUACCCCAAACGUGUACGUAUCUUCUCUUCUCGUAUAGUCCUCCUAGGAGCAAACCUCCUUCCAAUGAAGCCUGCGGUGUCAGUGAUGUUUCUUCUUUUCCUGGUUCUACUACUAUCGGCUAACAGACCUCAAGGGACCAGAGUGUUGGAAGAAGAGUCACUGGCUCCCCUGCACCGCCAAGUCCAUGUCAGUGGCUUCUCGGAGAAAGAGAGUUUGAUGAAAGAAGCAAAAGAAGAAGAGAACGGGGUUCCAGGAGAACUGCUCCGACGGGGAUCACAUGGGGAUCUCUCAGGAAAGAGCAGGAAACUCAUGACCAAUGCGAUGGCCACCUCUAAGAGCGGUAAGAGCAACGACGUGGGAGCCGACAGUGCACAGAACAAUCAGAAACAUUCCAAGGAUGAAGCCGAUAGGAGCCAAGACGACACCCACACGGCGCCGCCUGCUUCGAAGCGACCGCCGACCUACCCCGACAUCCUGGACAUAGCGGGAAUGGACUAUUCUCCUGCAAAGAGAAAGCCUCCAAUCCACAACUGAAACGUUAGCAGGAACAAACCAAUACCAACAGCUUAGGUGGGUAGAGUAGGAGAGAGAUCGGACAGCAGCAUUGCAGGAAAUGCUGCAGUUUUCUUGGCUUAGGUCCCAUUUUGUGUAGAUACUACUAAAAAGUAUGCAUCAUCGUUAUAUUUAUCAACUUCAUGAAUGAGCAUUUGAUGAUCACAUUUGCAAGCA